GAUAAACCUUCGUUUAUCACUGACCGUAGAUCUUGCUACAAUCUGUCCUGUAGAUUUCUAUAAACAAACACAAACGGUCACAGCGAUGUACGAGCAAUGAGACCCAGUCACUUUUACAUGUUUGCUGUGACUCUGAUAAGCUAUCAUCAAGAUGUAUCAACAACUGACGAAAAAAAGAGAUGGGAAGAAUAUUGUGGAAAAACGACAAAUCUGAUUCCGAAUGAGUCUUUAACUUUUCAGGGAAAGAACAAUUUCGGUACCGAAAAGUGCAUUAUCCGCCUGAAAACAGACCCGGGGUACUUAUUACGCCUUAACAUCAGAUACGUUCCGGAUAUUUCAGGAUGUAGUCAUUCUUAUUUACACAUCGGAAAUGACGCUUAUCGAACUGAUGUAGACUCCCUAACGUCAUAUAAAUUUUGUGACGUCGUGUGGGAUUUGGAAGUCGUUUCUAGGAGCGAAUUUCUUUGGAUUGUGUACAACAAUUCUGGGAAUGUUAAACACAGUCACGAAAAACAGGAAAUUGGCGUACAAGUUCUUAAAGAAGUGAUCUCCUGUCCCAGCAACUACUUCCGGUGUUCUCCGGUUCAGUGUAUACCACGUGAUCAAGUAUGUGACAACAAGAUAGACUGUCAAAAUAGGAGAGAUGAGUAUUGUUUGAAUAGCUCUUUUAAGAGUGGGGCGUUACUGGAUAGACCUGCUUGUUUUGAGUGUGCUGACGGACGCUGCAUUAAUCCCGUACUUCCGGUGUACGACGAAGACUUCGAGAAACCGUUAUCCUUCCUUUGUGAUGGGUACCGCCAUUGUAAGGAUGGCACGGACGAAAGGAAAGAUAUGUGUUACAGAACAAAAAGUAAGGUAUCUGACCUUCUAACGUGUGUUCCCGUGGACACGAGAUUUGGAAUCAACACCAGCGUAACAAUGUGGCAGGACCGAGUGUGUGAUGGAAUCCCUCACUGUCUCCAGGCUCAAGACGAGGCUUCCUGCGUAACCGAGGUCACAGUGAAAUUCCGGAUGAACUCAAGUGUCAUCAUCAUUCUGACUUGUGCUGGUUCCCUCCUCGUUGUCUGGAUUGCAUGCUUCGCAUACAGAAUACGAAACAAAGCCAGUGAAACUUCCUCCGACCCCUUCCAGGAUCAAAUCAAUUCACGCAGCCGCAUAUAUCAGUCACGUGACUCCCAGAACCCGGCAGAAGUCUGUCGCUUACAAACUGUUUCAGAGGAACCAGAAAAAUGGGAAUAAUCAUAAUUAGAAAUAAUAUUCCCAUUUGUUUCAUUAUGCAUUGUGUAACCAUAUGCUUCAGAAGAUUACACAAUACAAGCUGUAACUGACGGUAAAUAAAUGAAAAAUAAAAGUAGAAUAACAUU